AUGCUAUUUCGAAUCCAGGCCUCGCUGAAUUCGACAUUGGGGCGUUAUGGACGCAGUUUAGACCGCAAUACGCGCCGCAUUUCCGAGCGCUUUCCUACCUGCUGGGAGGAAGCAGCAAGCGGGGUCUGCAGCGCUCACCUUCCUUGCGUUUUCCCGCAUCGUUUAUCGAAAGGAACCGGGGAAUUGGCGUUUCGCCAGCAGCAGCUGGAGCCCUACUCUGCCCUUUCUUGCCUCUACGAAACCGGAGGCUCUCGCGAUGUUUUAAAGGAGCCGCCGCGGAAAAGGCGAGGGCGGCUGGGCCGGCUUCGAGUAGCGGGAAGGCCCCGGCUGGCCCGUUUCCCGUGAGGCGAGUCCCAGGGCUGCCGAAGCCUCGUCCGCUUUCGUAACCUACCUGGCCCUCGGGGCGGCUAGACUUCGGGAGGACGGCCGAUGUCAGGAGCCACAGUAAGAAACACCAUUGAGGCCCGAAACUGCCCCUCAGAGCCCCCCGUCGCGCCCUCUCCUCAGCGGCUGCGCGCAAACCCGUGAGCCCCAUCUAAAUGCUGCUUCUCCAUAAAACCCGCGCGAAUUAAACACCUUUUGUUUUUAUUUAAUAUCGCCCUUUAGUAGAUCUCAGGGCGGUUCACAGCAUAGAAAUACAAUAUAUGAACACAAGAUACGUAAUAAAAGCAAGAACAAAAACAAAACAAAACUCCCCCCCCCAAAAAAAAACACAUUUAAAAAGGCUGUGGGAUAUUCGUCAGCCAAAAGGCCUGAUACCUAAAGGUAAAGGUGUAUAAUGAAGGCCUCAGGUGAGCCUCAUUGCAAAGAGCAUUCCACAGAUGGGGAGCCACGGCAGAAAAAGGCUGAUUUUCGUGUUGCUGCCCUCUGGACCUCUCGUGGAGGAGGCGUUGGGAUAGGUUGGAGGAUCUGGAUAGGUGUCACUGGGUUGCCUGGCGCCCAGGGUCAGCUCAGGGCAUUUUGGCAUCUGAGGCAAACCCCCAACUUGUGCUGCUCUCGUCCCCACGGGGGGGGGGGGAGGGAAGGGGUCAGGGAAGAUCUGCAUAAGCAACAAUUGCCCCAGUGGACCCUGCCGCCUGAGGGACUCUCCUUGCCUCGUCUCAUGGGUGGGCAGGCCCUGAUUGAGCCAAAGAUUAAACACGCACUGUGAUUCCUUUUCCCCUAGCUCAAUGGAGCAGCCUUUUGUAAUUCUGCAGGCUGGAGAAUUCUACCAUCACUACCAGCCCAAGAGACAACUGUUUGCAAGAGCCACAAAAGAACGCAUUCAUGCUUUUCCUACCUACAUUUAAAACAGCAACAACAACUUGCUAAUUAACUCAAUAAAGUGUUCCCACUGAAGGGAGAGGGGCUUCUAUCCAGAAAUCCUCAUGCAGAAGCAAAUUGUGGGGAAGUUCAAGAUUUUUUAAAAAUCCCAAUUCUUAACUUUUUUUUCUUCAGCUGAUGACUUUUCGGAGUUUUAUGUGAAUGGGCAUGUGACCUAUAAACAGAAGCAUAUAUCUACAAACAGUUUUUUAGUGUCUUUUUUGGGGGGGGGUUUGAGAAAGAAUGACAAUUAGAAUCAUAGAAUUGUAGAGUUGGUAGGGAUCCUGAGGGUCAUCUAGUCCAAUCCCUUGCAAUGCAGGAAUCUCAACCAGAUCACUAUCAACAUGGCUUGGGUUUGGACAUCUUCAAAAUCUGUUGAAAGGGGAUUGUGGUUCUUGGUUUCACACAGAUUGUUUUCGUAAGUUUGAAAUCUUCUUUAGAAGAAUAAUUAUGUAUUAUUAUUAGUUGAGUAAGGGACGCAGGUGGCGCUGUGGGUUAAACCGCAGAGCCUAGGACUUGCCGAUCAGAAGGUCAGCAGUUCGAAUCCCUGCCACGGGGUGAGCUCCCAUUGCUCGGUCCCUGCUCCUGCCAACCUAGCAGUUCGAAAACACGUCAAAGUGCAAGUAGAUAAAUAGGUACCACUCCGGCGGGAAGGUAAACGGUGUUUCCAUGCACUGCUCUGGUUUGCCAGAAGCGGCUUAGUCAUGCCGGCCACAUGACCCGGAAGCUGUAUGCCGGCUCCCUCGGCCAGUAAAGCGAGGUGAGCACCGCAACCCCAGAGUCGGUCAUGACUGGACCUAAUGGUCAGGGGUCCCUUUACCCUUUACCUAUUAGUUGAGUACUGCUUACCCCUCAUAAAUUGAAGAAAUGUUUAAGAUGAGAUGGAAAAGAUGAGAUGGUUGUCUUUAGCACUGAGUAAAAAUGUCACAUUUUACAUUUUACAUAAUCUUGUGAGAGAUGUGACACAUCGAAUAGCAAUAUUAUGCAGUGUUAAUUGAGACAAGAAUAAAAGUGCAACAGUACUGAACAAAGUUUCUUAAUUUAAAUAUUAUGAGCUAACUAUUUGAGAAGCCAACUAAUACACUAAAAUGAUUAAUCUAAAACAGGUACCCCCAAACUCAGCACUCCAGAUGUUUUGGAACUACAGUUCUCAUCAUCCCUGACUACUGGUCCUGUUAGCUAGGGAUGAUGGGAGUUGUAGUCCAAAAACAUUCGGAGGGCCAAGUUUGGGGAUGCCUGAUCUAUAAUAUCUGAAGGUUCAUAGUAAGAUGGAAACUUUCAUAAAUAUCUUUUAGUCCUAAUAAAUGUGGAUAGUGGUAUUUGUGUCUUUAAAAGCAUUACUGACUUGGAAACCUACAUUGGAUCCCGUUUGAAGGAAAUGCCCUUCUUGACAUACCAAUCAUGAUUUUUUGGAAUGAAGCAAAUCACAAUGUAAAACUGUGCCCAGGGGUAGUGGCUUGUUUCUCCCCAGCACAAGCAGGAAGGAGCAAAUCAGCCCAUCCCAGCAGAUCAUUACUGUUUACUGUAUUGUGCAAACAGGGCCACUGUACGUGCUUUUUUCAAAGUAAUUACUGAACCACACAUCAAAGGAAGCAGGAAAGGAUUGCCAAUAGGUACACCGCAAAAGUGCAUCAAAAGAAGUACAGUCAUACCUCGGGUUACAGACGCUUUAGGUUGCGGACUGCCGAAACCCGGAAGUACUGGAACAGGUACAGAAGUGCUGAAUCGCAACCCCCACAUGCGUAGACGUGCCGCUGCGGGUUGCGGAUGUGCAUCCUCCAAGGAUUAUGUUCGCAAUCCGAGCGUCCACUGUAUUUUCACAACUACACUGUUUUUAAUAUAUAAAACUUUUAUUAGCCUUUUUGCAUACGAUUCAGAAAAGACAUAAAAAGAAAGAAAAAGGGGGGAACCCCCACAAAAAUAAGAACAAAGAACAAAACUCAUAAGAACUCCCCUUCUUCUCCUUCGCUGGUUUCUUUUGUUUUCCACCCCUUCUGCAUAUUCUAAAUUACCUAAUUCUACUCUUCUUACACUUUAUCUCCUGCUUUCUCUUACACUGCUGAAUUUAUUCAAGUCCUGCUAAUCUGUUCACCUGUUUAUACUGAUUUUUAAAAUACCUUACAAACAUUUUCCAAUCCUUUUUGUAUUUUUUAUUCACAUCUUCACUUUUAGGCUUGCUUAUGAGACUACAAUCCUAUAGUCACUUGCUGGAAGUAAGCUCCAUUGAACUCUAGGAAUUAUGUCUGAAUAGAUAUGUAUGAUUGUUCUGAAAUUUGCAUAGUGUUUUACUAAUUCUGUUAUUCAUUUCUUGUAGGAAGAAAAUGAAACUUUUUUCAGAAUCACACAAAACCGUUUUUGUGGUGGAUCACUGCCCUUAUAUGGCAGAAUCUUGCAGACAACAUGUUGACUUUGAUAUGUUAAUGAAGAAUCGGACCCAAGGAAUCAUACCUCUUGCACCUAUAUCACGAUCGCUAUGGACCUGUUCAGUGGAAUCAUCCAUGGAAUAUUGUAGAAUAAUGUUUGAUAUAUUCCCCUUUAAAAAACUAGUAAGUGACAGGUAAAAUUAUAUUUUGUAUUUAGGGGAGUCUACACUAAUAGUGCAUCAUAACUAUGUUUACUCUUGAGUUCUGUAGGAUUUGUACUUUAGUGGUCAUGAUUGCAGUUUAGUGCUUCUUGAAAUUUGCAAUCUUGAUCUUUGGCCACCUUAUGCAGUCGCACAAUUUGUUGUUGGUCUUUUGAUUUUAGUGUUGUGUAAAGUACAAUUGUGCCUGCAUUUGCAUUGGUGCCUAAGACAAAAUUGCUGAAGAUAGUGAGAGAUACAGAAGAGAUGAUGAAUAAGUUUGCAGAGGUAUGGAAGUAACCAUAUUUUGUAAAGAAUUGGUAGCCAUGGUAAGCUCAGCCCAUUCCAUAGCCAUGGGGACAUUGUGUUAGUAGAAACCGGCAACGCUUUCAUUUUAUUUUCUAAAAAUCACUGAAUAGAAAUCUGUAUUUUGAAUUUGGUACUUGCUACCACAUUUUUCUUCACACUUAAGAAAUACAAUUAGUUACAGCUUUCAGUAAUGAUUGACAUGCAAUUCACUGCACAUCCUGUGCAUACCUUGGAGAUAUUGCAGGUUUGGUUCCAGACACUGUGAUAAAGUGAAUAUUGCAAUAAAGUGUGUCAUACAUUUUUUAUUUGUUUCCCAUUGCAAUUGAAGUUAUGUUUACCCUAUACUGCAGUCUCUUAAGCCCAGCCACCCUGGCUGCAGGGGUGGGCAGGGAAAAACCAGCCACUUUCACUCCCAUGGCCAGAAGUGGGGUGGCUUCCCUCCCCUGGAAGCAGCCAGGCUGCCUGUGGCUGCACCCACGUCCUUGUGAGGAGCAGUAUCUGUGAAGCACAAUAAAGCAAUGCAUGAUAAAAUGAGGUAUGCCUGUAGUCAGAAUCAUUCCACUAUGUUCAGUGAGGCAUCCUCCCCUGUUUGUCUCUUUCAUAUUUUUUUUAAUGUUCAUAUUGUGCUCGGAUUUUAAUAAAAUGAUAUGGUAAGGUGAUUUACCAAAAUUAUAUAAAAUAUAAUAAAAACAGAUGAAAUUACUAAAAUUAAUUUCAUACACUAACAUAAAUAAAAAUAAAAUGAAAUAAGAAUAAGAAUAAAAGAAUGCAGAAUAAAAACAUUAGCACUGCUGUACUAAAGUUCCAGACCACCCCCCUCACUGUAGUUGUUUAGAUGAAGGGUUUGGCAUAAUAAAAGUGGCAAUACCUUUCUCAUUUUAGAUUCUCUGCAGUAAUUUAUCUUUGCCAGCUGAAUAUUCUGAAGUAGAAUAAAUAGGCCUUUACUACCUAGAGUCAUACAGCUGUUGGUAGAGGCAAAUUCAAAUUAUCCAUUGUGAUUAAUGGGACUUCUUACUAUUAGAUUUUACAGUGUGUAUAAGCUUUCAGAGCUUCAACUUCUCUUGCUGAUAGGAGUUACAGUCAUUUAACUAGUUAUUAUUGACACAUCACUUGAAGGAAUAACAGAGGUUAUUUCAAAAAAAUUCACCCCAAUUUUUUAUGAAACAUAGGUGACACAAUGACUUUUUUAGCUUUUAACAUAGUGGCCUGGUUUGUAUGACAUGCUCAGUGAGACCUUGGCUUAUUGAGAUCUCAUAUGCUCCUGGAGAGGAGCUCACAAAAGCUUUGCUGCUCCCUGGUCCUUUUUAAAAUAAAUAAAUAAAUUAUUAACUAUUUUCUUGGUCUACAACAGUGCGUGCAUUGUCUUUUUUCAUGUUGUGUUUUCUACAGAUCAAUUACAUUUGUUGGGAGACAUUAGUAUUGUAUACAGUAUAAGGUUGGAGAAGAAAAAAGAGGGGUACUGGGAUGGCAAAACAUAUUCUUUUACUUAAUAUAUGUGUGGGGUUUUUGUCACCAUCACUUGGGUAGGUUCCCCCCCCCCCCAUUCACUUAUUAUUUCUUGGUAGUGAGAGAGGUGGGGGUGGGAACAGGGCGUGAUUGAUUGUCUUUAGUUGGCUGCAGUGAGAUUUGUUUGCUUGUCGGGGGGGGGGGGGAUUGUUGGGUCAAGUUAGCCAGGGCUUGACUUAGUGUGCCACCCACACUGGGAUUUGUGGUUAGGUUUUCUCUUUGUCAGACUUUGUGGUUACAGGUUGUUAUUAAUGAGAGUUAAACCAAGAGUUAAACAUUGAUGCAGUGCAGCAGCAAAGGGACCUGGGAGGAGCAAAGCAGGUCCAAGAUUCUCUGUGCACAUUUAUGCUAAGCCAGGCUUUGGCUUAGUGUGUCAUGUGAACCAGCUAGAUGUGAUGUUCUAUGCAUCUUCAGCUCAUCUUUUUGUAAUACCAUUGUAAUUUGUUGGGAGGAGCUUGAAGAUUCAGCACGUGUUCCCUGACCCUAUGGAUAGUGUUAAUUGUUACAGUAUCAAGAUUUAAAAAUGUUUUCUUAAGCUGUGUUUUGUAAAUUUUCAGGUGAACUUCAUUGUAAGUGACUCUGGAGCAAAUGUCUUAAACUCUUGGAACCAAGAAGAUCAAAGUUUGCAAGAGGUAUGAUUAUUGUUAGGGUUAAGGGCAGAUAAUAAAUUAUAAUAACUAAGAUCCCAGGGUAGGUUACAACAUUAAAACACAAUAUUAAAAACAGUUUAAAACAACUUACAAUCACAAAAAUAAGGUGGGUCCUAAAAAUGAUUUAUAAAGCUACCCUUAACUAUUUGCUGGAGAGCCAAAAUGUGGGAAGGGCCUAAAUAGAUGCAAGAUAUUUCUUCACCCUAUCCUGUAUUCAUCUUUUGGGGAUAUUGAAGCACCAUGAAGUCUUAUUCCUUUCCUCUUUCAAUUGAUUUGUUUAGUCCAAUACAGAAAUAGAAUCAGCCUGGACUAUUUGAGUUUUUUCAAAGGUCUGACAGGCUACUGCAGAUAGUGGAGUUGAAUUUGAAUUAAACUGUAGAUAGCUUGCAGUACAGUAUAAUAAUUGGUAUCCAGUGCAGAUGCCAGCCAUUUUUGUGCUUAUGUGGUUCAUGGUGAAAAGGGGGACAUACAGACAUGUGGUGGGAGUGUUCAAAAAUAGAAAAAUUCUGGGGAAAUAUCUUUGCAGACAUAUAUUUGAUUUCAAGGCAGACAGUUCCUAUGUCCCCAGGACUGGCAUUGCUUAAUUUGUAUAGUCAGGGCUCACCUAGAAUUAGAAAUAAAGAUCUUAUAACCCGUUUAUUGACCAUGGUAAGAACAACCAUAGCCAGAACAUGGAAAACAUUGCAACUGUGACUAGGUGGUAUGAAGUGGUCUGGCAGAUAGCUUUGUUGGAAAAGCUAACAUGGAAACUGCAGGUAGCAAGAGGUCAAAAGAAAAACGAUUUUAUUGAAUGCAUAGGUAGUGAGGAACAUGCAGGAGUAGUGUUUGGAGGAGUAACAUAGUUUGGAACACCUGAAAUAUACAUUUUAACUUUUCAAAUUGUUGCAGAUAUAAUGUACUCCUUUUUAAUGAGAUUGGAACACAUGGCGUGUUAUUUUAUGGUUUUUAAGAUUAUGAGAAUGUUUGGAAUAUAUACCAUGGCAAAUAAACUAUUUUUAAAUGAAAAUAGUAAUAACAAGCAGCCAAUUGAGUUCUUACUUGAUCAUAUUUGACCAGUGAACAUCCCAACCCUGUUCAGUAUUGUGUAUCUGAAAUAUUUAAAAUAUUUUUAAAAAUAACAAAGGAUUAAAUCAAAAAGUUCUCUUCCUCCAAUGAAAGGAGUCCUUUUCCAAUUGAGGAAGAGAAUCUUUGGCUUCAGCCCAUAUAUAUUGUCUAUGGGACUGAGAAAUAGUCUCUAGCACAUCCCUACACAUUAUUAUACUAUGCUUCAAAAGAAAGUUUCAUCAGCAAAGUCUAGGAAUAAUUUAUCAUUAAUGGGAAAAUCAAAUUUGCUUCUAAUUUCAUGACAGGUAAAGAGAAAGAUUCCGAAUAUAAAAGUGAUGGAAAGCAAAUACGAUCUGGGUUAAUGGUUAAAAUGUUAUUUAUAGAGCACAAAUUUUAAAUGGGAAGUAGUUUUUUGUAUUAAAGAUUGUCAGGGUUUCAUUGUGUUUGUUCUAUUAAUUUUUCAUUGUUAUUGGCUAUGGCUGCAAUCUUAACCCCACUUCUCCGAGAGUAAGCUCCAUUAACAUUCACUAGGAGUUACUUUUGAGUAGCCAUGGUUAGGCACUUUAUGGAAAAAGAAUUUGUUUGGGGUCAUAGCAGUUUAUAUCCCUAGAGAUUAAUGAUCUAGCUGUUUGUAGACAUAUGCAGACAAAAUGUGCAUUAUUAUUUUAAGAGGAUAAUAGACCUAGAUGAUUUAUAGCAAUAUAGUAUAGUGGAAAACCUCUGGAACUUUUCUUGUCAAUGUACUUUUGUGUAUGGAAUAACUUGCUUUUGUGACAUGAUCUCUUCAAUAAUAAGAACUAGGAUUGCAACAAAACUUUUUUUUUAAUCAGUUAAUGGCCGCUUUAGCAGCUGUUGGACCUCCCAAUCCUCGUGCAGACCCUGAGUGUUGCAGUAUACUUCAUGGCUUAGUUGCAGCAGUAGAGGCACUCUGCAAAAUUACUGAAUACCAACAUGAGGCCCGAACCUUAUUAAUGGAGAAUGCUGACCGUGUUGGAAACAGAGGACGAAUAAUCUGUAUUACUAACGCAAAGAGGUUUGUAGCACCUCCUUUAUUAAUGUAACAAUUUUAUAACUUAGCAAAGCUUUUUAGAUUCUGUUUUACCUGUAAGACUUCUUGCAUAUUAAUAUAUUGGUGGAACAUUGCUGAAAAAUUAACCCAUGUUCAGAGUCUGACAGUGACGAUCUGUGUUGCUACAGAGAUGAGUAGAGGGGAAGUAAAAAGUAUGGCGAGCAUCAUGUGUCUAUUGCAAAAUUAGAGUAAAUUGUCAAAUGCCUGUUUCUCUUAGCUGUCCUCAUAAGGAGGGAAAUGCACUUCUAUUCUGCAAACUGUGGAAUAGAGAAAUAAAUAAAUAGUCCAGUAGCAUCUUAGAGACCAACUAAGUUUGUUCUGGUCUCUAAGGUGCUACUGGACAAUUUAUUUAUUUAUUUGUUCUGAAUAUAAGCUUUCAUGUGCAUGCACACUUCUUCAAAUAAUAAAGACCGGAAUUUGGUCUUUAGGAAUUCCUAUAUGAACUAUGGCCCUCAAGUUCUUAAAAAUGUUUUUAUCCAAAAUUAUAGAAUGUAGCACAUAGAGGUACACAGUGUAUAAUUUUAGUUGUUAGAAUAACAGUACUACAGUAUCAUCAUUGUAAAUACCAGUUGUAAUAAUAAAUGAAUUAUCAUAUUUUCUCAUGAUAGUUGAUUUUCAAUAAUUUUUUCUAAGAUGCAUGUGUUCCUCCAUUCCAGUGACAGCCAUGUACGAAUGCUUGAGGAGUUUGUCCAGGAAACGAUACAUGAACAUAACAAACUAGCAGCUAAUUCAGAUCAGUAAGUAUGCAGACUAGUUAUUCCAUUUGAACGCAUAAUUUUUACUGAAUUCUGGUGCUAAAAAUGGAAUUUGUGAGACCUUUUGGGGCUGUUGCUCAGUGUAAAGCACAUGCUUUUCAUGCAAAAGCUUCCUGGUUUAAUCCCUUGCAUCUGUAGAAAGGGAUAAGAGAGGUUUCUGUCUGAAACUCUAAGAGAGUCAUUGGCAGUCAAUGUGGAUAUUACUGAAUUAAAUGGUUCAGUGGACUGAAGUUAUAAGACAGCAUUCGUAUACUCCUAGGUGAGAGAAGGAUGAGAAUGUCUUGCAUGGAGUUUGUUUUUACUAAAACCUUAUUUUCACCUUUCAUUAGCAUAUUUUACAAGCAUUGUGAGAAGCAUCUUGUACUCUACGCCCAAUCUAUUCCCCAUGUAUUGUGAGAUAUGGUAGUCAAGUAUUCCCUAGUGAGAAAAAGUGGGGCAGAUUGUGUGUAAAGCAUCUGGAAUAUUCCUUGCAGAAUGAAAUUCUUAGGUAUACUACAUGUAGUCCAUUUGUUUGUUCAUGAGAGUAUAAUAUAAGAUACCUUAUAUUUGGGAAUGACUCUUCUCUAUUAAAAGACUGCACUAAAGCUUCCUUAAGCACAUAAAACCACACACUCCUGACUCAAUGGAAACAACAAGAAUAUAUUGCAUGAAAUCAUGUUGCUGUCUUAUUUGGGAGAAUUUGAACAACUUACGGGUUCAGACCAGAAAAAUGGGCCAUAAUCAUUUUUGUUAACAUUUUUGGCUUACAAUUGGCACAUACAAACAAUAUAUCUGGCAUCAUCAUGGCCCUCUAUUACAAGUUACAAAUCUUUAAAAUUUAAAUUGUGUGUUUUACUUACAGGAAAUGGAAGCGUGAUCCUGAAAGUAUAUCAAGAAAUUGAAAAUUGCAGUGUGUGCUAACUGUACUAUACUACAAUCAGUGCUUUUGUCUGGCUUCAUAUUCAUGAAAUAAGUUAAAAGUUUCUGAAUGCUAGGUAUUGUGCAGUUGAUGUGGCAUUACUGCCUUGGUAACAGAAUGUUUUGUGCUUUUUAGUCUUAUGCAGAUCCAGAGAUGUGAGCUGGUCUUAAUUCACACUUACCCUGUUGGUGAGGAAAGUCUUGUGUCGGAUCAUCUUAAAAAAGAGGUAAGGCUUUAAAAUUACUGCAUAACUUUAUAUAGCACUUUGUGUGUUUAGAAUUUUAUCUCUGUGUUUAUGCUUCAUACAUGUAAAAUUAAAUAUUUUUUGUUAAUAGGAAAAUGUUGGUACUGUAGUGGAGUAAAAGAAAUGACUUACCUCUAGCACAGAAAGCCCACAAUUUACAUGGGCAUUACGUUCUGGAGUGAUAAAACCAAAAUCACAUAUAGUCAAGACACAUUGGGUUAAAUGGCGGGUGGGAUUGAAAGUCUUUUUUCCUGGAUGCCUUCCCUUUUCCAGCCUCUUUAAAAAAAAUAUUUUCAUUUUUAUUUGCCAAGCACAUAAACUGAAUGCACACAAGUUACAAGUGCAUAAAUUGUGAGAUUACUGUAAUAUGUAAAGAUGGGUUUCACAUAAUCCAGGAUUUAAUUCCAUGCUUUUAUACUAUCUGCCAGAAACCUCUUGUGCUAAAGAAGUUGGCUAUCCUUCACCAAUCUGACAAUGAGAACUUUGCGUGAAUGGGAUCUGUAUGAAUGAGUGAGUCCCGGAAGAGGGUAUAGUUGCAGAGGGUAUAUUAUAUAAAAGACUAGGACCACAUUUUCAGAGAUUUAUCUGUGAAUAUAAGAUUAUACAUUUUAACAGACUGGCCGUUCACUAGAUAAAAAUUUCCUGUUCUUAUCUAGAUGUUCUUACUGAAGUAUAUGCUGCCAUACCAUAAUUGCUGCUACUGAGUAUUCUGUGUGUGUAUGUGUGUAUUUGUCUUUUUUUAAAAAGCUCUCUCCUGUCUUAACCAGCGAAGUGCAUAGUGUUCGGGCUGGACGGCAUCUGGCCACCAGACUGAAUGUUUUAGUACAGCAGCAUUUUGAUCUGGCUUCAACCACUAUAACUAACAUCCCCAUGAAGGUAAGGUUGUGUCAGCAGCUCUGUGCUGAAGUAGCUGCACCGUUUCUUUUAAAUUUGUUUAAUGGUUUUAAUGUUUAUUUAAUGAUAUUUUUACAUUUGUUUUUUUCUCUCCAUAUCAUAUUUUUUCUGUUUUUUAUUAGCCCACAUUCAAUGUCUGUGACCAGGUUAGUAAAUUUUAUGAAGGAGAAAAAAAGGAUCACAGAACAAAAUGACUUUUCAGCAAUUCAUUCAAUUAUGAAAGUAGUAUUUGUUUUCCUUUGUUUUACAUAAAUGUAGUCUAGUUAGCUUCAAAUUACUUUGUCUGUGAUUCUUUUGUUUUUAAUACAUGUGUUAGAAAUUUCUGCCCCUUGUGCAUUUUAGUGGCAUAGUGAGCCUUUCUUUCCUCUGUGUCAUUUCCAUGCAUUCCUUCCAACAUAAAGGUGUUUGUAACAAGUAGAAGAAACACACAGGAGUUAAAAAAUAAAUAAAUCCCAAGUGAUUUAGUGCUAUAUCAGCAAGAAAGGUAGAAACAGGAAAACAAUUUUGAUGAGAUAUUCUAAAAAAAUGUGGCCCUUUACCUGGCUUUGACAUUCUCCCUACUAAUACUUAGUGUAAUCCUAUGCAUGUUUACUCAGAAGUAUAUCUCACUGUGUUCAUAGGGGCUUACUCCCUAGUAAGCAUGUUUAGGAUUGCAGCCCUAGUGGGGGGUUUCCUUUUAUUAUUGGCCUUACUUGGCCCUGCAGUGGCCAUUGGAGAAACCUGUCCUCCUUAUUAGCCUGAAAUUCCAAUUAUAUGUUGUAAUUGAGCACUAUUUGGAAAGAACAUACCCAGUAUUUGUAUUGGUUAAAAGAAUGCACAAAAGGAAAAGCAUUGUAACACUAAUAAACAGUGGGGUUUGUGUGUGGUUGUUGUUGUUUUUGCUGAACAUUAAUUGUACUGCCUGGAUUGUGUAACCUAAGGCAGCAGUUACAUUUUUUUGUGAAUGAUGCACCCUGGCCAUUUGAAUUAAACUUCAGUGAACCAUCGCAUACAAUUUUUUAUGUUUGCAAAUACCUUGUUUGCAACUUACUGACCUGUGUGCUGCUGCUAUGCUUUCUCUUCUUGCCUUUUGUUGUUUCUAGUAAUAGUAUAUAUGUUGGGUUCCCUUUGUAUUAUUUAUUCAGAAACAAGUCCUAGUGAAUUUCUUUUGCUAAUCUGCCAUAUGUGGUGUUUGCUAAUCUGCCUCAACUAUUUAAAAGUUGGUGUUUCCUUUUAUCUUUUUACCCUUAUGCAUGCAGUUUGAACGAUAGUAGCUGCUAAUCCAGCUGUGGAAGCCGGAUAAGACUAUGUGUGGUUUCUCUUCUUAACCUGAAGUGAAAGAAAUCCCCAUAAAAUGAGAAAUGGCUACACUUGCUGAUGGUGGUGUUAUAAUCAUAAUUACUGUUCAUUGCUUAUGAAAUGAAAAUGCUUCCCUGUUGGAUAACCUAUCUCUGAAUGGAAGUGGGUGUUGGAUCGGUUUUUAUAUUGCAUUCCUACUUAAUUUUAUGUGUAGAAAUCAACACGGACAAGGCUAUUGAAUGAACUCACAUCUUAAUUUGGCAUUAAUUUAUCAUUAUUAUUGAUACUUCUUCAUUGUAGUUAUUUUUAAAAAGUAAUAUAAAUAAAGUAAUUGAAGGAUACACGCAUGUGUGCUUACUGGGAGUAAGCCUCAUUAAACACAGUGGGAUUUACUUUAGAGAAAACAUGCAUAAGAUUGUUCUGUUUAUGAUUAUAAGCUGCUAGAUCGUUAAAGAAGUCAAUAACUCAAUAAAUUUCCUCAGUUCCAACUCAUUAAUGCUUUCAUGUCUAAGUGUUCUUUUUCCUUUUGCAGUCUUAUAUUGAAAGGCAAAACAUAAAAUUAUCCUUGUAUUCUUUUGUUUCUUUUUUUAAACUAAUCUUCUUUCACACACACACGUGUGUGUUUCUUUAAAAGGAAGAGCAGCAUGCCAAUACAUCUGCCAAUUAUGAUGUGGAACUACUUCAUCACAAGGAAGCACACGUAGACUUUUUAAAAAGUGGUGAGUAGAAAAAAUAAUAUAGAUAAUAUAUAAUAAUAUAAUCUGAGAUAUAGUUACAACUGUGGAUAUUAAGGCUGUUUUGUAUUUUGGGGCUGCUUUUAGAAUUUAUGAUUUUUUGAACACUUAUUGGUUAACUUCUAUGGAGCUUCUUGCACAAGCAAAAACCCUCCUCCAAUUUCCCAUCUUCAGCUCCAUAUCCCGUAUUGUUCCAAGGGUUCCCAGCUGUUGAGUGUGGCUUCUUUGCUGGGAUCUAAAAGGCUGAUGUAGGAAGAAGAGGUGGGAAAGCUCUAUUUACUGAGCAGAACUCCACUUAUUGUUCGUUUGGAUAUUUUUUAUUAAAUAUUUUCUUGGGUUACAAAAGUAUGUGCAUUGUCUCUGUUUGCAGGUCAUAGUCUUUUCUACAAAUUUGUUACGUUCGAUGUGAGACAUUAAUGCUGUAUGCAGUAUAAAGUUAGGGGAGAAGACCCUCUCUCUGGUCCCAGCAGUAUCAAUUCAGGGUUGAUACCCAACAAUGGAAGGCACACAAGUUGCCUCAGUUAUGUACAUAAUUACAGGUAUAGAAGGUGUGAAAAGGAAUUUUUAAAAUAGGAAAGAUGAUGCAGUUUAAAUGUUGAGGAAAACUGAAAAUUUUUGGACCUAAAAAUAAUACCAGGGAUCUAGUACAGAUAUAGCAGUUAUAGGGCAGAGUAUUGCUUUGAAGAUGUCAAAGUAGGAUUUCAAUGGAUUUGAAAGAGUUAAUCACCAACAAGGCGACAGGCAAAUGAAUUGGUUGUGAUAUUCAUUUGCUAUUGUGUAUUGACUUUUAUUAUUUUCUGUGUUUUACUAAAUUGUGUACUUACAUUUAUCUCAAAUGUUGUUUUGCAGGUGAUAAUCAUAUGGGUGGUAGUAGCAAAGAAGGUACAUUAAAAGAAACUGUAACUUUAAAAUGGUGUACACCAAGAACAAACAGUGUUGGUAGGUGCCCCUUUUCUCUCUCUCAGGUAUGUCCAUGAACUGCAUAAUGAUAACAACUUAAAAUUAUCAGAUAUACACUGUGGUUAAUGAGUGUUGAAUGGAGAAUAUGUGAGAUACAUGAAAGCGUCAUCUCAAAACGAUGUUGAAGAAUGUGCAGAAAUGAAUCAUAUACACUUGGAAGUUAUUAUUGUGCUGGGGAGCAUAUGAAAGCCCCUGUUAGUGCACAACUGAAUGACAUAUUCUUCAUGUAUGUGUGCACGAAGACCAGUGUUUGCUUUUGCUUCUAUACCACUUACAUUGCCACCAAUAUAGGUUUUGCUUGUUUUGCAGUGUGGUUAAUGUUAAUUACAUUCUAUGGUGUUUAAUUUUUGUUUAUUUUAUGAAUUAGGUAUUUUUUUCUGUAUUGUAAUCAAACUAAAGUUUCUCUUCAUCUUCCCCCCUUUCCCCCCCCUUUAGAACUGCAUUAUUGUACUGGAGCUUUCAGAAUAUCACCUGUAGAUGUAAAUAGUCGGCCUUCUUCUUGCCUUACCAACUUUCUCCUUAAUGGUAAAAUACUUUCUGGCUAAAAAAUCAGUAAAAAUGUAUUUUAUUUUAAUUGUUUUGGAUUCAGGUUUGAACUCAGAGCUAUACAAUAUGAAAUCUAACCUAGUGAGUCUUCUGGAGUGCUGUACACUCAGGCCAAGGAACUUGCUUGAAGUGUAGGCAGUUUGAAGUCUCUGGACUGCCCAGGCCUGGUAUGAAUAAUAGGAGCCUGACCUCUUGCAUUUGACUGCUCAGCUGUGUAGUGCCUUGUGUUGGCUACACUUUGACUUCCAUUUCAAGCCACUGUCCUUAAUGAUACUGAGCUGAUCAAAUAUCAGUUUUGGUUGUGUGGACAUGUGUGCACGUGCACAUGCGCACACACAUACCAGAGACGCCAACUUAGGCCUCUGGCUAUGGGUGCCCAGCAUGUGUGACGUGCUGAUGUCACGUCGUAAUGUGACGUCAUUUCACUUGGGCCCCCUGGCCUUGGUAUCUGACUUCCGAUGGUACCAGAAGUCAGGUUCCGAGACCUCACAAGAGCUCGGAAUACACCUCUGAGGCAAGAGGCCUCGGAGAUGGAGUCUGAGGCCUUCCUAGACGUCCGAAUCUGACUUCCGGUGCCACCAGAAGUCUGAUUUUCGCAAGGCCUCAGAACGUAUCUUCGAGGCCUUGGGGAUGCUGGCCAAAGCCUUGCAAGACCUCAGGCACCCAGAGCCCCCCAUACUUGGUGCCCCCCCCGAGCAUCCUGGCUGGGGGCUUACAAAAUGGAAACUUUGUAUUCAGUCAUAUUGUCUGAACAUAAUAUACAAGUGCUUAUACUCUUGAUAGUUGCAUAGAUUCAGGAAGUGUAACUUCUGCUUGCAAUAUCUAUGUUGCCUUGCCUAAAAUUUGGGCUGCUUCUCACAAAAGAUUUGCUUUUGUCUCUGGUAGGAUUUCCUUAAUUAUUUGAAUGUGGAAAAUGUCUCAUUGUGUUAAGAACUCUGGCCAUGAUGCCAUGAGCUGUACAAUUAAGUCUGUUCACUUGUGAUUCUUAGGAUUGUAUUCAACUAAAUCACUGCAUGCUUGAAGGAAUUUUGUGAGCACAAUGCAACUUCACCCCUCUUCCCAUUCUGCUCCUGAAGUUUGGGGGGAAUCCAGGGGAGAUUGGGGAAGAGAGGGAGGGAAAGUUAAGUUGCACUCACAGAAGUUCUGUGCAUACAAGGGUUUAGUUCGAUACAGCUCUUGUUUUUUUGAAGCAGGUGUUUUCUUCUCCACACCUUCCAGACAAACCAUAAGUUGCUUUUCAACAUUGGCUUCUGCUAGUGUAACAAACAGUCACAAAUAUAACAUGAUGCUCCUGGGUAAUCCCAGGCCUGAUUUUAAUACCAAGGACAGAGAGAGGAACUGUUAGGGACAGAGGUUGGAAUUUAAACUGCUUAGGUGUAUGCCACAUAACUGAUGCCACUAUUUUAAUUUCAACAUAAUGUUUGCCACUCUUAAGACACAAUUUCCAAAGCUUGUAAGUUUACUUUUCCAGCAAGUGAUUGAUAUAAAUAUUUGUUUUAAAAUGUAAUUUGUGCUUGCAUAAUCUACUAGCUUAAGGAUAUUCUUGGUCAGCUUCUUCCAGUAUCAAAAAACUUCACUUGGCUGCUAAGGGGUGGGAGGGGCGAGCAGGAGGCAGGAGAAAGAGGGGGGUGGGGGUGGGAUCAAUUUCAGAAAGUAGGCAAAAAAAAUCUUUUAAUAAUGGAAACAAAUGAAAAUGUCCUUUCCUACAAAUAUUUUAUGUGCUUUUUAAAAAUACAACUGGAUAACCAGGUAUCUUGUAGAAUUUUUAAGCUAGGUAACUAAUGAAUCAAUUUCUCUUUCAAUAGGUCGUUCUGUGUUGUUGGAACAACCACGGAAGUCUGGCUCUAAAGUAAUUAGUCAUAUGCUUAGUAGCCAUGGAGGAGAGAUUUUUCUGCAUGUUCUAAGCAGUUCUCGAUCCAUUUUGGAAGAUCCUCCUUCAAUUAGUGAAGGAUGUGGUGGUAGAGUCACAGACUACAGGAUUACAGUAAAUGUCUUUAUGUAUUUUUUCUUUAAGCCAUUAUCCUCUCACAGCCACAAAGCUAGGCAGAACCCUUGUAUUAAUGUCACAGAGGGGAGCUUAUAAUCAAGGGACAGGGAAAAAGGAAGCUGGGCCUACUUUUCAAGAAAUUUCAAGAAAAAGUGAAACUGAUUAAUUUCUCUGAGGAAUGACAGAAUAACCUGGACUUUGAAGGCAAACUUAGUUUUCAUUCCUCUGGACUGAAAUUGGGGCCACCAACAGGUUUUUGUGGGAUCUGGGCAAGCCAUAAAUGGUUGGUUUUUAAACUUAUUUGGGUCUAUUAUAAUCGGAGGUCUCAGUUGUCUUUUGCCCAAAAUCCAGCUUUAUCGUAGCAUUGGUAGCAUUAACUAUACAGUGGUACCUUUGUUUAAGAACAGCUUAGUUUAUGAACAACUUGGAUUAAGAACAUUGCAAACCCGGAAGUAGGUGUUUUAGUUUGUGAACUUUGCCUUGGAAUAAGAACAUGUUUCACUUCCUGUUGAGUGUGUUCCAUUUGUAAAUUGAGUCCCCCACUGCUAUGGGAAAGCAUGCCUUAGUUUAAGAACGCUUUGGUUUAAGAAUGGACUUCCGGAAUGGAUUAAGUUCAUAAACCAAGGUACCACUGUACAGUACUUCAAGAAAUUCCAGUCAACAGCAUCCACUCUGAAGCUCACAAAACACAAUUUUUCUUCUUCAUUGUGCCAUUUUGUGCUAUGUGAUCUCAGCUUUAAAUAGGUGUUGCUUGAAUCUUGAACAACGCUUACAGGAUCUGAAAUGGCUUCAUUAAAAAAAUUCUGGUCAAUAUUUUAGCAGCUUAAUGUGUGAAUGUUUCAAAACUUUUCAAAACUUUGUGCAGCUAAACUUUCCCUGUUGGUAACAACUGUAAGAUUUGGCACUGAUAUUGAAUACUAAGAAAGCCUAUUUAAGCUAAGUUGCAUGUAAUAUAUGAUGAUCAGACGGGAUAUUAUAAUUGAGCAGUAAUCAUGAAAUGUUAGGAAAAAUUCUCCUUUUAUCUUGUUUGUUUAUUUAGGAUUUUGGUGAAUUUAUGAGGGAAAACAGGCUUACUCCUUUUCUGGAACCCAGAUACAAGAGUGAUGAAAGUUUUGAGAUUCCCUUGGAGCGAGCCAAAGAUCAACUAGAGAAGCAUACUCGCUACUGGCCCAUGAUCAUCUCACAGACUACUAUAUUCAACAUGCAAGCAGUGGGUGACUAUGGAUUGUUUUUAAAUCCCAGGCCUAAGCCACAUUUUACAUGGUAAUAGGCAAUUAAAUAUGGUUGGGAAUGCAUUAUGCAUUUAAUGUUUGCUUAAUAUUAAUCUAUACACGUGGUACUUUCAAAAUGUUACAAUAUCUCCUCAGCCCUUAACAAGAAUACUCUUAAGCUUUUUUGGGGUUCAGGCAAUCAAGUUCCCUGUUCUUUCUACACCCCCCAUGUUUUCAGGGAUAUUUUCCCCUUCUGGUAUUGUGUGGUUUCUAGGGUUCACUGAACAUAUUCACUGCUAUUUAAGCUGUUUUGUUUGAGGGAGAGAUUGCCCCCCCCUUAAUGAUUUUAUUAUCAUUAUUAUUGAUACUUCUUUAAAACUUGAGGUUCCUCCAAGCAAGCUGACUCCUCCUUGAACCCAUUUUGGCUCCAUUUUUGUCAGGACAAGGGCACUGAGCUAUUAGAUGGAAUGAAUUUGGGUAAGUGUCUUAAUAAAAAGAAUUUAUGGCUUCCUGCUGGUUACUUGCAUUGUUAACUCUUCAGCAUAUAAUGAUUUCACUGCCAUCAAGUUCAUGGAGGAUGAGGCUCUCCCUUAUGGAGUUGCUCUCUCUUCACGGUCAGAGGCUUCAGAAUACCAGUUGGUGCAAACCCCCUUGGGUCCUGGUUGCGGGUUUUCCACAGGCAGCUGCUUGUUCACUGUGAGAACAGAAUGCUGGACUAGAUGGGCCUGAUUCAGCAGGCUUUUCUUGUGUUCAUGGAGAACAUCUGUUUUCUUUUUAUCUCAUAGGUAGUGCCAUUGGCUAGUGUUAUUGUGAAGGAAGCACUGACAGAUGAAGAUGUCCUCAAUUGCCAGAAAACAAUUUACAAUUUAGUAGACAUGGAAAGAAAAAAUGACCCACUGCCCAUAUCAACUGUUGGAACAAGAGGAAAGGGUCCUAAAAGGUAAAUAUGACUUUUUGGUACAUUUAACUCAAAUUAUAUUUCGAAAGCAGAAGUUACCCCCUUGCCCCUCUCCUUUUUACUCAUUGAUUGUGCAGUGCACCACAUACAUCAACGGUAUUGCAUUAAUAAUUAUUUUUUACUCAGAAGUUUGUCCAUUCCAGAAUAAACUGUUGAAAUGAAUCUAGAAGUCUUAAAAUAGAAGUGAGGAUAAAUUAGAUACUUGAGAUUGGAGAAUUUGUGUAGAUAAGAAUCAAAUCAUGUUGUCUUUUUCAAUAGAGAUGAACAGUACAGGAUCAUGUGGAAUGAACUGGAGACUCUUGUUAGAGCACACAUAGCCAACUCGGAUAAACAUCAACGAGUUCUGGAGUGCCUUCUGGCUUGCAGAAGCAAACCACCUGAAGAAGAGGAACGCAAGAAACGGGGGAGGAAAAGAGAAGAAAAAGAAGAAAAGUCAGAGAAAGCAGGAAAAGACUAUGAACCAGAAAAAUCCUGGCAGGAAUCAGAAAGGUGCUUUAUCAGUACCGAUAGAAUUUUAUUUCAGGUUUUAUAUUUAUAUAAACAGCAGGAGUGACAGGCCAAUUUUCUUUGUCUCAACACCAUUAGAAAGAGUUGAUUUUGGCCUGUUGCAAGGAGACUCUAGCAUGAAGCCCAAAGCAUGGAAUGGGAGCUCUCCAGAAAGUAUUAGUAUCUUUAAAAAAUUGUUCAGGAACCCCCAUCAGCAGAGGGGAGAACCCAGGCUACAUCUGCCCUUACCUUUUACUUGAGGUUCAUGCUAGUUCCAAGUAUCAAGAAGUGUUUGUGGAAUGUUUAUUCUGCAAUUUGCCUACAAGCAUAAUGUGCUUACCUCAUGAAUGUUUGUGUGUUUACACACACUGGGAACUGAAAGGUUAAACUAAAAAAGAAUGAAAAGCUGGCUUUAAUUAAAAAAAACCCACAAAUUAAGUAGUUAUUCAUGCUUCAAAAGUAACAGAAGUAUAGUAAUUUGCUGUCCAUAGAUUUAAUUCUAAUUUCUUCCCAACAUAGUUUGUUAAAUAACAAGCUCUUUUCAGCGCAAGUCUCCAGCGUUUUUUGCCUAUUCUUUGAUUCUCUAGGUAAUAUCACUAUCUCACAACUUACUAAAUGGAACUGUUGGCGUUGAAAUUGCAGUGGUAAUUCUUUUUAUUUAUUUCUGCAGGUUAAAAGGUUUAUUAGAGCGUGAAAAAGAGGAACUAGCAGAGGCAGAAGUAAUAAAAGAUUCACCUGAUUCUCCUGAGCCACCAAACAAAAAGCCCCUUGUUGCAGUGGAUGAAAUUCCAACCAUUGAAAAAACUAAAGGUAGAUUUUGAAUAAUUGCCAAAUAGGUUUUUUUUUUAAAAAAAGAAAGAAAAAGUUAAAAACUGAUUUGAGGUGCAUUAUCAUGUGUGACCUAACAUUAAGCCUUUUAAAACAACAACAACAACACCUAGUAACCUUGGAGAUUAAAAAAAUUCUUUAUAAAGUGUAAAGGUUAGAGUGACUUUUGUGCUGUAAAUAACUAGAAAACUUGCUUGUUUGGGUGGAAGAAGAAUAACUUCAGCAAGACAUAGGCCUGUAUAUCUGCUGGAUGCUGCCAAUGUUGUUUUAAUAGAAGUGAAUGAAAGAAUCGUAUAUCUGGGGCUACAGAAUGCAAACUAUGCUUGCAGGAUGCCUUCAGAAGAAGCGACUCAAUUAUUCUUAAAUGUCUCUGCAAAGAAGUACUGCCAUGUAACAAGUGUUCUUGUGGGGAGAGAGGCAUGUAAGUGGUGUAGCACAGGGGGGGACAAGUGCUACACUCCCCCCCCCAUGGACUGGGCAGAGGGUGAACGGGGUGAUGGCCUAACACAAACAUUUAUUUGCAACCUCAAAAGGGGUUAAUUAAAAAGCUUAACACACUAAUUCACAACACCAGCCCAAUGUACUUCAGCCCAAUGUGCUUUUUGCAAUGACCAGUCUUUCAAAGACCCCACAAAACUUAGAAUUAUCGAAUUGUGGAGUUGGAAGUGACCUCAAGGGUCAUCUGGUCCAACCUUCAAUGCAGGAAUUCUCAACAUGCUGUCCCCCAUCCAAUUAGAAACCAACCAUACCAGACAAAGCUAAGCAGUGCUCUCAAUGGUUAGAGUAUUGGACCCCCACUUGGCCAUGAAGCUCACUGGGUGACCUUGGGCCACUCACCAUCUCUCAGCCUAACCCAUUUCACAGAGUUGUUGUGAGGAUAAAAUGGGGAGGAGAAUCAUGUGCACCAUCUUGAGCUCCUUUGGAGAAAAUGUGGCAUAAAAAUGUAAUGAAGAAUAAAAAGAAAUACUUUACUAGGCAGUCCCAAUUAACACAGGAAUAUACCGUAUUUUUCGCUCUAUAGGACGCACUUUUUUCCCUUCAAAAAUGAAGGGAAAAUGUGUGUGCGUCCUAUGGAGCGAAGACGCCAUAGCCCCGCGACCCUCUCCCGGCUGCAGAGGUGACGCGCGGCUAUGGCAGGAGCCUCUACAGCCCCGCGUCACCUCUCCAGCCGGGAGAGCGCGCGCGGGGCUAAAGAAGCACCCCGCGACCCUCUCCCGGCUGCAGAGGUGACACGCGGCUAUAGAGUUGUGGGCUGCUUUUAGAUAUCCCCUGGUCUGUUAGAAAUGAAGGUGCUAUUUAUCCUGGAUCCAAUGCUGGUGAAAUAUGAACAAGGGGGAAAUGCUGUGUUCAUGUAUCUGUAACAUGUAUGCUGCUUGUUGUAUGAGUUUUUGAAUGAAAACUAUUGAACGUACUUAAAUUGUGUUUACCAAACCUAGGGCCAGUUUCUCUCCUGUCUUUAUGGAGCAACAGAAUUAACACUGCAAAUUCUAGGAAACAUCAGGAAUUUACUGGUCGCUUGAACUCUGUCAACAACAAAGCUGAGUUAUAUCAACAUCUUAAAGACGAGAAUGGGUUUGUACUACUAAAUAGCAUGUUACUUGAAGUGAUUUUUUUUUUACUAGCCGAAAACUGUCUGAAUAUCAUAUUUAUAAUUAUAUCAGUGUCAUGGAAUUCUACUCAAUAUUGAUCCAGAGCAGAUUCCAGCAUAUAGUUUAGCAGAGUAAAAACUUAAACACGUUGCAGGAUUCCCAGAAUAGACCAGAGGCAAUUAAUAUUUGAUCCAGUAGAGCUUUACUGCUACUGAAGGCAAAUGAGCAUAAUGGUCACAAAUCCAAUACAUUCAGGAUUGGCACAGUCCAUAAGAAAUCCAGUUGCAGCAGACUUCACUUAAGCUUUCAAUAACUUAUAAUAAGACUUAUAAUAAACCUUAACACUAAACAUACUAUGUACAGAAUUCUGCACCAGAAGGAAAAGAGAUAGAAAGGGAAAGUGAAACCCAGACUCCUUCUGGCCUAUUUUUAUAAACAUGACCUUGAGAGAAGAGAUAAGAGAACCAGUUCACCAGUUUAAACCAGCUGUACUCAGCUUCUCUGAAGGUAUAAUCCAAACAUCACGAACUUUCUGCUUGCUUCUUUCACAUAGAGAAGCUUCCAUAACCCACUUGAAUUAAUUAGAAUAGGAAAGAUCUCUGCAUAUCAGAUCAAUACUCUCUGCACCAAGAAAUGCAAACUGACAAUCAGAAAUAGGGUUUUAGUUUAUCUUGUUCUUCUGCAGUCUCAAAAUAAUGAUGAAAGGUUAAGAGACACACGUGUUAUUUUGGCAAUUAGUUAUGCAUGCAGUUGGGUCAGGUUUAGUCUAGGAGACAAAGAAGCAUAAAUAUUUUUGAAACAUACUAAUCAAUUUUGUUGUAAAUAGAAAAAUCUGGGGCGGGGGGAAAUGCCAAAUUUAUUUAUUUAUUUUUAAAAAAUGAUUACUAGAAUACUCUUAAGGCAAAAUUUGUUUGUUUGUUUAUUUGCUUUGUUUCAGAAUGGAAACAACAGAAAAUGGGAAAGCCAGCCGGCAGUGA